AUGGCGGUGAUUGAUGGCCUCCCAGAGACCAAGGUCUCCAUCCGUGUCAACGGAUCUGAGGAAGACUGCAUCGAGUACGACGAUCCAGAUCCCCCGAAAUCCGCGUCAUCUCAGGGCCCGGCAACUCAUACCACCUCCAAAGUCAUCGAAAGCCAGGUCGAUGCCGGAUUUUCUAUCCGCUUUGAAUCUCGGAACCGCCGGACUUGGAUCAAUGGCAAAAACUGGCUCGCGUUACAGCUUCAUAUUGACGGCCAGUUCAUCGCCACAUAUCACUGCGGACCUUCUGCGCUGGUCGAUCAGACCAUCGUCUCAACCAUCGACAGCUUUCCGGAAAGGUCCAGCAAACCUGGCAAGGAGAUUAGAAGGCACUUCAACUUCGCUUCCAUCAAAACAGUCGAAGGGAGCAACGAGCAACUAUCAAGAGAUCAAGUCAUUGCGAAACACCUCGGCAUUAUUGAAGUGACUGUAUUCCGUGUCAAGCUUGAUGGCCGCAAACUUAGAAUUCCGUCACAAUUGAAGAAAGAGAAUAUAGGGGAUAUCUCUGAAAUGGCACUCAAAGGCAAAAGCAUAUCACAUAGCACAUCCUUUACCGAAGGAACCACGAAAGAUGCAAGGAAAUGGGUUAAGAAAUUCAAGAACAGGGACGGAUCCCAGCAAAUCGCUCGGUUCUUCUUCCGAUACAAGCCUAAGGCUUCUCUUCAAAUCGAUGGUAUCAUUCCUCGAGAUCCUUCUCCGGACCCCUCUCCCGAGCCCUCUCCUCCACCCCCGCUCCAAACCGUGGCAGACUUGCCGCUAGCUGAUAUCAUGAGGCUUGCCCAAGAGCGUUUGGAGCAGCUGGAACCUCAAGUCAAGAGAGAGCCUGGAACCGGCGUGAAGCGCGAAGCAGACGAGGAGACCGACUCCCGUCCGCGCAAGAUCUACAAGAUAGACGCAGAUGGAACGAUUGAUCUUAGCGAUGAUUGA